AUUUUUAGCAUAUUUUUUUAAGUAUGCAUUUCUCAAAUUCUCAAAUAGCAUAACAGAGCAUAAUAAUAAACAUCAACAAUGUAAAAUCAUGUGAAAUAUAUGUCCAAUGUCCAACGAGAACAGAUCUCACAUCUCACAGUCACAGUUGUUAUUUUAAUUUACAGGUCUAUGUAUUCCAAUGGUGUAUUCACAGGGUAUUCACAGGUAAAUCACAGAGGUUAUGUCUUAUGUUUACGUCCGCAUUCCAAAAUUAAAGCGGGAGUUUUUUUCCAAAAUACUGCACAUUUUAAAUGAUUUGGAAUAAUGGACGAUAGCUUACCGAUACUUAGAACUCCAGAAGAUACCAUUCCAGAAGACACAUAUCCUAAUUUAACUGAAACCGAUUCAAAUUCUGAUGAAUUUCCAUUUUUCGAAAAUGAUCCAGAAGAAAGUUCCUCGAAGCGGUAUCAUGGUGACGACGACGAUGAUGGUACAAUAUGCCCUAUUUGUUUAGAAGCUUGGACUAACAGUGGUGCUCAUCGAAUAUGUUCGUUAAAAUGUGGCCAUCUUUUUGGACAUAAAUGUGUACUGCGUUGGUUAGAUUCCCAGUCGAAGAAAACAUGCCCAACUUGUAAAAUGCCUGUGAAAAGAUUAGAUAUUAGAUUUAUUUAUGCCAAAAAACUUAUUGCCAUUGACAAUAUCGAAUUAGAAAAGCUGAGACUACAAUUAGAGGGAGUUGAGAUGGAGAAGAACAUGGCUUUACAAAAUGUUUCUAAAUAUGUCAGUAGGGAGCAUGUAUUACAACAAGAAAUUGAACACCUAAAAAGAAGAAUACAAGAUUUAACUAUAGGUAGUAAAUCAACAGAAUCUUCAAAUCAUUAUACUUUACAGCACUCAUUACCUAGGAUAAGACUGUACUUAGAAAAGAAUAUAGAAGUAUGCAAUAAAGGGGGUUGUAGGGAUUGUAGAGGUUUUGAUGUGUCAGUGAGGCACGACUUGCUUUUUAUCACUGCUCGAUCACCCACUGACCUCUUUGGUGGAUUUGGACUGAAAAAAUUGUCAUUGACCACUUUUAAACCUGUUAAGUUUAUACCGCUUCAUAAGGAUUCUAUCAGAGACAUGUGCUUCCAUCCAACUGAAAGUAAAGUACUGACAGUAUCUAACGAUAAAAAAUUUAGAAUUACAGAUGCUCAUACUACAAUGACAAUAUUUACCUGUUCCCUUGAUUCGGCGCCUUGGGCUUGUGGCUGGAGUCCUAGAUAUUCUGAAGAAUUGUUUAUUGGAACACAGAAUGGCACCGUGUCGAUUUUUGAUGUUCGGAAUUUGCAUGCACCCAAAAUGAAGUUGAAAAUGGAUGUUCCAGGAGAUUUUAGUCCAGUGGUAUCUCUAGCUGGAUUAAAAGAUGAAUCUGAUUCAGACAUACUUUUAGUUGCCAAACUUAAUUCUCUUUGGGCGUUUCAAAUUCAUGCAGAUGGUACAUAUUCAAGACAUCUGCUUCCAGUUGAAGGCCCAUUUCUAUCUCUGAAAUACGAGCAAGACACUAAACAAAUUCUAGUUAGUUCGAGACCAAAUAAUCAAACGCCUUAUUCAAGACAUUCAGUGUGUUAUCUACAGAAACAACAUGAUCCUGACGUUAUUACAAGCAACAUAGUUCACACGUUUAGAAGUGGCAAUACCGCCAAACUUUUAGCUAAAACGUCUUGCUUUGUACCAAAUAAUAUCGUUGCCGGUCACCAUGAAAGCCGGAAGUCAAUAUUAUUGUAUAGUAUCAACACUGGCGAGGAGAUUGGAUCGUGCCCUACUCAUGAAAACUCAGUUCUGGACAUUAAAAGUUUUAGUAUUCCAAACGGAAAAUUCCUGACAUAUUUGAACGAGAAGAAACUGGAGGUUUUUAAAUUUAACACAUUUUAAGAGGAUUUUUUUACCGCUCUCCAUUUGUGAUAUAGUUUAACUUAUUAAGAAUUUUACAUAUGUAUAUCAUAUAAGACUAUAUAGCAGCUAGAGUUAACUUAAAAAUAGUGUGUAUGUAUGUUGUUAAAUUUUUAUAUCUAUACCUUUUUAAGAAAGUUUGUUAAACCA